UCAAGGGAGAGAAAUGCAUUAUUUUUCCCGCGGUGCGAUUUGUAGCCAGAGGGCGAAGCGAAGCGGAGCCCGAGGGCUACAAAGCACCAAGGGAAAAUGGCAUUUCGCUCCAGAGGUGUAUAUACUAUUUUUUGCAUUCGCGUCGACGUUUACCUAUACUCUUUAAAUGAAUUGAUGGUUCUUUGAAGAUUAUAACCACAUAUUAAUCAGGUUAGUGGAGAAUUAAGUAUAACCGUGGCAACCAAUAAAUUAAAAUUUAAUCAUGUUAGUCGAGAAUUCAGAUAAACCAUGGCAACAGAUAAACAAACAAUGUUUGCUGUUGAAAAAGUGCGUGAAUUAAAAUGGAAGUUGCGGGUUGUUCUGAAGAACCUUAUGAAAUUACAAACGCCGCUAACGCCGCUGUCGUGAAUUUACUACCUGAUAAGUCGAAAAAGUUGUAUGAAGCAGCAUAUAAAGGUUUUAAAGACUGGUGCAUAGAAAAAGAUGUCGCGACCGUCACCGACAAUGUUAUGUUGGUUUACUUUAGCGAAAAAGCCAAAAAGUACAAAUGUUCAACGGUAUGGGCACAAUAUUCCAUGGUGAGGUCUUGUAUGCUCAUUUACGACAAUGUUGACAUCAACAAAUUUCCAAAAUUGAUAUCAUUUUUAAAAAGGAAUUCUGAUGGAUAUUCUCCGAAAAAAUCGAAAAUAUUUAAUAGAGAAGAGGUGGAAAAAUUCUUGCUUGAAGCUGACGAUGAUACCCAUCUUAUGCGAAAGGUUGCGUUGAUUUUUGGAAUAUCUGGCGCAUGUCGCACUGACGAAUUGGUCAAUAUGACACUGGAUAACGUUGAAGAUGUGGGGUCUUCUUUCAUAAUUACCCUGCCACAUACAAAAAACAAAACAUCCAGAACGUUCGUUAUAGCGAGUAAUGAAGGCGGUAAAGUGGAUUUUCUUCAGAUAAUUCGCAAAUACACGUCCCUUCGACCUGGAACUAACCAUGGACGAUUUUUUGUUUUCUACAAGAACGGAAAAUGUACUCAGCCGGUUGGGAAAAACACGCUUGGCAAGGUGCCAAAUAUGAUCGCCAAUUACUUAAAAUUACCAAACCCAGAACUCUAUACGGGGCACUGCAUGAGGCGUACCUCCACCACUCUAUUGGCGGAUGCUGGAGCUGACCUCACCACUAUAAAACGGCAUGGUGGGUGGAAGUCCACCACAGUCGCGGAAAGCUACAUUGAGAACUCUGUGGCCAACAAAACGAAGAUUGCAAAUCAGAUUAUUCAAGUGUGCAACAACCAAAUGCAAUCGAUUGUAACCAGCAUUCUGGAAUAUUCCAGAUCAAUUCCAAUGUUACAUUCGACUUACGACCUUAGUACCAAGUUUGCCGGGUUAGAAGUAAAUUGUGAGCGAGGAAAAUAA